GCGGCUCUCGCAUGGCUCGCGUCGUCUCGCGGGUCCACGCGACCGACGACGAAAUCGUCGCCGUGCAGUAUUGUGAAGUCGAAAUUUUCCGGCUCGUGAGUGCGAAUGACACGCGUGGCGCGCUGGCUGACGGCGCGACGCCCAUCAUGGUCGCGUACGCCCGAAAAUACUUUGAGCUCGGCCAAACGCUAAUCACUGCGUGCCUUGAGCCCGGCGACAACAAGCAGCAACUUUUAACGCAUGUGAGCAGCGCGUCGCCGUUCCACGGCGAGAACGUGUUGCACCUUGCGGUCGUCUAUCGCAAUGUAGAAGCGAUCCAGUGGCUUGUUGAUACUGUCCCAGACCUCCUCGACGCCGAGACAACCGCAUCCCGCUAUGAGCCUGGCAUGUUGUGCUACUUGGGCGGGACGCCGCUUUUGUUUGCGAUGGCGGCCAAGCUCUUGGACGGCGCCAAAGCAAUUUUGGCGGCGGCUGAAAAGGCGCCUCCGGGGUCACCGGCCGCCAAGACGUCGAUCUUCAUGACCGAUCGCUUUGUUGUGUACGACCUCCCCGAAGUCUAUGACUUUGCGAUCAAGUACGCCAUGACGACGUACCCCUACGCGUGUCCGGUGGGCUUCGCCGUCGACGACCCCACCUACGAUCUGCAUGCGUUUCUCCAACGGCUCCAGCCCGCGGACAACUUGUCGUUCAACCGCUUCUUGCACCAAUACAAUGAGGAUUCUCUGACGCCCUUGACUCUGGCGGCCGCCAUGGGCAAGGCAACCAUCUUCCAACACCAAGUGAUGCGGCGUGCUACCACAACGUGGAAGUAUGGGCCCGCCGUUACCAAGAUGAUUCCUUUGCGCGACGUCGACGAAUGCCUCGACCGGUCUGCGACAGGCCCACAGAGCGUCACUGGGCAGCGCGCCAAGAGAUCGGCGGUCGAGUGCCUCACAUCGUACCGCGUCCUCUCCAAAUGCAUUCCCAAGACAGCUCAAGAAGAAGCGAUGCGCGGCCGCCUCGAGAUCCUGAGCACCCACGAAAUCGAGAAGCUUCUGGAUAAGAAAUGGGAGUUUGUCGGCGCCGCCAUGUUUCGCCGCGACUUGUGUCGCCACGUCAUCUUUACACUCGUAUUCACGGGCUCGACUCUUUUCCCAAGCCAUUACCGCGACAAAUCGUCGACGCUCGCUGACGCUUGGGUUCUUAUUGUCUGUGAGUGUUACGUCGUCGGCGAGGUCGUCUUGUGUAUGCUUCGCGAGCUCCGCCAAGUCCAACACCACGGCUGGCGGUCGUACACGGAGGACUCUGGCGCGGCAAUGGUCGACAACCUUUUAAAGGGUGCUGUAGGGCUGCUCAUCGUGGGCGGUAUCAUAUGCCGGGCGUGCGGUGACUUUGCGUCCGAAGACGCCUUUGUCGCGAGCGCGCUCCUGUGCUCGUACCUCUACAUGUUCUUCUUCCUCUACGGGUUUCGGGCGACCGGGCCGUUUAUCGUGAUGCUUGGACGCAUGCUCAAGUUGGACGUCGUCCGCUUCGUGCUCGUGUUUGCCUCGAUCCUCUUUGGCUUUGCCUCUGCCUUGUACGUGGUCGUCGACAACCGGUCUGGCGCCGGCGCGUUCCUCGACCGGGUCCAGUCCCUUCUCCUCGCUGUCUUUGCCGCCACGUUUUCGUUCGACGAGUACCGGCGCAGCACCAUAUCGCAGCUCUUCAUCUUUGUGUACAUGGCGCUCGUUGUCAUCGUGCUCGUGAACCUUCUCAUCGCCAUGUCCUCCAUCUGGACACCAUUGCAGUUCAAUAAUAAGCUCAUCAACGAGCUGCGUAGGAUGGGCAACUCGUACGACAGCAUCAUCGACUUUGCAGAGCAGCGCUGGUACGCAGAGCGCGCCAACGUGAUGAACAGCUUGGCGAGUGGGCAGUCGGCUGAGAAGCGCGCCAAGGGUCGGCUCAAGUUUGCCGCUCAGCUCGUAGUCGGCCAGGACGUCGAGCAUUUUGUCCAUAUCGAGUACCAAGAUGCAAAAGAGUGGUGGGGAGACGACCAUGCCGGCGACGGCAGGGAGAAGCGAGACGGCGAGAACCGCAGUGCUCCAAGCAAGCCCGCUUGUGAGCAGACGUACCUCGUCAACCAUCAAGGUCGAGAGAGAAGUAGACAUUACGAGAGCAACGUCGAGAUUGACCUGGAAUCGACCCUUGCGCAGCUCGCGCACGGCGUCCUGCAGCACUUUCGUACCCAGCCUCGUGACGAAGAUUCGGUCAACCGCGAGACACUACUGCUGGGGCACGUCACCAAGAUCCGGUCGCUCCUCAGCAACAACCAGGUGUCCAAGUAUUGAACACGUCGUCUUCUGAAUACGCC